UUUAAUCGAGUUUGCUUGGCACAUCAGAAGUAUUGGUUUUUUACGACAACCGAAGGUUACAGCCGUGACGUCACAUAUAUGUGAAUGUGAAUGGCAGAAAGAAGAAUUCUGGAGUGACAAUUGUGGGUUGUCUUUGCUAAGCUUGUUUAGGAAUAUUGAUCAUUGAAGUGCUCUGUUUCUCACAGAAUUGAACAUGGCAAACAGUACACCUAGCAGUGUCUUAAACGAGCUUGCAAAAAGCAACAAGGUAACAGCACAUUACAAAGUUGUUAGUGAAACUGGCCCUGCUCAUCAGAAGUUGUACAAAGUUCAUCUGCACAUUGGCGGACAUGGGCCCUUUGAAGGAGCUGGCAGUAGUUUGAAAAAUGCACGCAAUGCUGCUGCAUCUAGAGCUUUGAUGGAAGGUGCACCUGGUUUACACGUAAACCCAACUGUUGAACUAAAUAUAUUAUCUAUGAAGAGUGGCCAGACAGCUACUUACCGUGAACUAGAUAGUGUUUCAUUACCACCGAGGCCUGAAUAUGAAAGCUUGUUUGUUUCACAACAGUAUCACCAUGGUGUACUACAAAGGCCCUCUCGAAUGUCUCAGAAGUUUCGUCGAUUAUGGAGAAUGUCUGUUACUAUUUGUGAGAGAGCAUAUAUAGGAGAAGGUCAUACGAAAUCUGAAGCAAGAGGGAAUGCAGCUUCUCAUGCUCUCCAGGAACUACGGCCACUGUUGUUGGAACAAGCCAAAAUGAUGGAGAUUGAACGUGCACAACAACAACAGUCAACUGUGCAGCUGGGAAAAGACAACACAAUGGCAGUAAUUAAUCCACCAUCAUUUGUUGCUGAUCUAUAUGAACUUGCGAAUAGGCAUCGUAUGGAAGUUUCUUUUGAGACAGUGAAUGAAACUGGUCCUGCCCAUGUGAAAAAGUUUUAUAUUAAAUGUAUAACUGGUUCAAAACAAGUUCUCGGUCGAGGCAUUGGGAAAAAGGCUGCAAAAAAUGAUGCUGCUGAAAAGAUGCUGGCUCUUUUGCAAAAUUUACCACCCCCAGAACCUAAAAAAGGUCCUAAGGGACAGCGUCACGGCAAAAAAAAAACAGAAAAACUGGACAACGGUAUCGAUCCAAGUCACGAUGCAGUCACAUACUUAACUCAGCUGUUGCAACUGCGCAAAGAACCUGCUCCGGUUUUUACUUUGAUAUCUGAUGCAGGCCCUCAUCAGAAGGGACUGAUGAGGUAUCAUAUCGAGGCAUCGGUAGAGGAGCAUAAAGCUGCUGGAUAUGGGGUAACGAAAAAAGCUGCUAAAUUAAACUCUGCAACAAACUUACUAAAAUCAUUCGGCAUUGAUCUUGAAGAACAAAGAAAAGCACAUGGUGUAACUGAAAAGAAAAGUGAAGAAAAUGGGACUGAAUUACUCAAUCUAGCGAUAGAUGUUUUAAAGUCGGAUAAAACUAUGCUCAACCGUGCUCCUGGUAGUCCCGUCACUCAGAAGAUAACUGUUAACAACAGCGACUUGAGCCAAGCUUUUCCCACGGCGAAACAAAAACUUGACUACGUUGCAAGAUUGGAAGGCUUUCAAGUUAUGUACAAUGAUUUUGUUAAGGACAAACUUGGUGAGUUUUCGUCACAUCUAGCUGUCUACACCACGCCACCAGAAGUGUUUCAGGGCAUAGGCGAGACGGUGGAUGCAUCAAGAGAGGACGCUGCCAGUAAAGCACUGCAAGCUAUGGUAGUCAGCGAGACCAAAACUGAAGGUUCGGGUAUAUAGACGACAUGCGCCACAAAUUGAGGACAAUUUUAAUUUCUUUUAUUAUUACACAAAAACCGAUAACGUAAUUCUUUGAAUUCCUGGUCACCUUACUUUUUUUAAAUUUCAACGAAAAGUACUUGUAGACUUCUUAGUUUUUGUCAAAAGUUGGUGCGAAGCCAGGAAUUCAUUGAUGGGAAUAAAAAUGUAUAUAUUUUGAAAAAGUUAUAUACCAAACGGUAGAUGAUCUAUCCAGUAGCGUAUCUGGCGUCAGCAAGUCGUAUGAGGUUAACCUAGGAGGAUAAAAGUCGUCUCUAUUUCUAUCCUCUUAGCGUCAACACAUGAACGGAGUAAGAACGAACGAACGAACGAAGUUCGGCCAAUGCGGGAAAGAGAGUUCUGGUGGAGCUACAAAAUAGAUCAACUAACGUUUGCGUGUAAUAUUUAUACACGUAACUUCUUUUUUUAUUUUACUCGAAACGUUUGUGGACGCGUACGUAUCGUUUAUAUGUUGUUGUCUUAUAUUAGCGUGCGAGUCUGAAGCGAUUUUUACGCCUUUCUUUAAACGUGUCGUUUUACCUUUUUUUCAAUAUUCGUGAAAAAAAUAUACUUGUGUUACUUGUACAAUUUUUUGUCAAUUCGUUUAUCCAAAGAAAUAUUUUAGGCUCGUA